AUGGAAACAGAUGUACUGGACGCUUUGGAAAGUUUCCAAAUGAUGCUCAGAGACGAAAAGUUCAUUGAAGAUCUCCAGAAGAAUGCGUCUAGUUCGUUGCCUACUGAUUGCAAAGCUGUACUAGUAGAGCUUGUGUGCGCCUUCAUUCCCGAUAUUAUGGAUCACGACCCACCUCGGAAAAAGUCAAAAGCUCGUCACCUUUAUAAGAGAGGGUCAUGGAGCAGCAGUGUAAAGAAAGUCAACAAAGAGGAUCGCAAGAGUCCGUUCAUUACUAUACUCCGUCUCCAAGAGUUGAUCCUGUCGCCAGCCAUUCAGACGCACAUCGAAAACAACAAGGCUGAUGCUCAUUCGUUCUUCUACUCUAAGGAGGUUAUGAACAACAUUCAGAGCUAUGAUAAGGACUCAACAGGAGAGGCUUUGAUACUUCAAUAUCAGUACACUAAGACUCUUUCUCAUAACAUGAAGCUAAAUAGCGUCCGAUGGCACUUUUUAAUGCUUAUGUGGCACGACAUAGUAAAGCUUGCGCGACCAGACUGCACUGGUAAUCGAAUCAGCCACCUGAUGAAGAAGCAUCUCUUAGAGCUUAUCACACCUGUAUACGCUAAUAGUUCAGAUAUGAAUGCGGUAGGUAUGGAGGUAGUAGCAGACGAGCUGCACACCUGGUGCAGGUAUGGAGCGAAACUCAACGUUUUCGUAGAGAACUUUGGGGAGGGUUGUAUCUUCUAUCUGCAAGGCGUGCUUUCUCCAAACUUUCUUUCGGAUAAGAUGACAGCUUCGGGUACCUACUAUGACGAGGCCAUGACACACCUCCGCGAGACGUUGCAUCUUACUCAGAUAUUAGAGAGUAACCCUUUGAUCGUUAGGCUGAGCCAAAAUAUUCGAAGGCACCUCCUUCGACCCUUUGAAGAAUCCAAGAUGGCCAGGAAUAUGUAG